ACUGAUGGAGAUUUUUCUUAUCAAAUCAAAUGGCAGCGAUAUCAUCUUUCCGUCCAACCUCGCUCGCCGCCGCUCGUGUCCAUAAGAGAUGGCCGUCCCACCCUUUCUCCACCUCCUGCUCCACCGCCGGCCAAACCUCCGGCGAGCCGAAGCCCCUCAUGCAAAACCAUCUAGUGCUAUACACCAAGCCGGGAUGCUGCCUCUGCGAAGGCCUCAAGGAGAAACUCCAGGUAGCGCUCUUCCUCACAGGCCCCAACUCUCUUUGCUCCGUCAAUCUCCAGAUUCGUGACAUCUCCGGCAAUCCCGAGUGGGAGAGGCUCUACCAGUAUGAAAUUCCCGUGCUUGCUCGCGUCCUCCCUGAUGGCACUGAGGAAACCCUUCCAAGACUAUCUCCACGCCUGGGGGUGGAGCUCAUCCAGAAGAAAAUUGCCGCUGCAUUGGAAAAUUAAGAGCAACUUAUUGAAAAUGGUGCGGGGUUCAUGAAUUUAUUGAUAUUUUUCAGAAACUCUAGAAUUGGCUUCUCUGGUUUCUAGUUGACCCCUUAGUGGUUGGAUAUACUGAAUAUGGUGGCCCGGGUGUCAAGGUUCUUUUUUCUUGUUACAUAUCCUUGUGCAUGUAUCAGUACAAAAUAAUUGCCCUGUUCUUGAAGAUGAUCUUCUAGACAGCAUGGUCUUUCAUUCUGCCAUUGCAGUCUAGGCUUUAAUUCAUUUAUUAAUUUAUUUCCGACUGUAUGCAAAA